AUGUCCAUUUUUUUUUUGACCCACUCGCAGAUCAAGGAGCUUGCGCAACGGAUGCUUCGGGCACGCGGCGACCCAACAACACUCGGAAAACGCUGGUUAGCCCGGUUUUUGAAUAGGAACCCGGUCCUGAAGACCCAGAGAGCCCGGGAAAUGGAACACGCGCGCGUCAAUGGCGCCACGACUGAGGUCAUUCGCGGGUGGUUUCCUUACCUAUCGACCCCCGACAUCAAGGCGAACAAGCCGGCCAACCGGUGGAAUAUGGACGAGGCCGGCAUUAUGGAAGGCAUGGGGAUCAACGGCCUGGUAGUUGGGAGCCGGGAAAAGAGGUCAAUCUUGCGGAAGGCCCCCGGUACACGCGCCUGGACAUCCUUCAUCGAGUGCAUCUCGGCCACCGGCAGAUACCUCCAUCCGUUGGUCAUUUUCAAGGGCAAGAGCGUUCAACAGCAAUGGUUUCCGUUGUAUCUAGAGUUUUUUGAUGGCUGGGAGUUCGUUGCAACAGAAAACGGCUGGACCAACAAUGCCGUAGGCUCAUACCAGCGAUGA